CACGCAUACUGUCAACGGUGCGAUCGUUAACGGUCUGGUACUGAGAUUGCAUCUACAGCUGACCUACUGCCAAAGGCAGUGAACACGGUCAAGAUGACGAGGGCCGGCACUUCGAGGUCGCUCUCGGCGAGCUUCUUCACGCGCAACGGGGCCUUUCAGCACGGGUCGACUCUGAGCGGGCCUUCCACGCUUCCUGCACCCCAGCAACGUUCUCUCUUCGGUCUUUCCUUUGGAAAGAAAAGCAGUGCUGCAGAACAAGAAACCGCUUUCCCUCGUCGGCAGCCGAUUCUCAGCCAAGAUGACCUCUUCCACCCUCUAUCCAAGUCUCCGAUCCCGGCCAUGCAAGCGCGUGGAGAACGAGUCCGGGCGCUUGCUCCGUGCCCGGUCAGUAUGGCUCGAGACGGCGUCCGCAGACCGGUUCGAUUCGAGUGUCCCGACUGCGGCUGGCCUACGCACUACAGCGAGAAGGAAUGGAGGGAAGACCCAGAGCAUGGCAAGUACGUCACCAGGCUGCGGGAAGCAAAUGAGGACGAGCACGAUCUACGAAGCGGGAGAGAGAUGCACGAAUUCAAGCUACCAGGCCCACAAGGAUUCGAGGAGGUGAUCAACAUGAGCAAUUGGGACGUGUUCUUCUACACGAGAAACUUCACCAGCAUCGAGACGGAACGGUCCAGACGGCACGUUUCCAAGCUACUCACUUUCCCUUGCACAGUGUCUGGGGUGAUUCAUGAGAACAGCCCUUACACGAAGCGGAGCUCGCGCCUGACUCACGAAGGCCUCAGGAGCAUGAUUGCGCUAAGGCAGACUCUUCAUCCGCAAGUUGGCGAGAAGCCUUCGUUGGACGUUGUUCGCAUCUUUGUUGUCGGUGCACGGGCAGAGGCGACACUGCCACCAGCAGUGUGGGACCAGCUCACCUACUGUUUCCCAGGGGUACCCCUCCACGUCUUCCUCAUCGGUCCAGAAGCAGUCAUCCCCGUCGACCCGCUCCACCCGGCCGGCCCAGCCGUCUCCGAGAAGGACAAGAUUGACAUGAAUGCCGUCACGGGUGGGCCGCAGCACGUAUCGGCGCACAAGAAUCGCUUGCGCAAGGCGAAUUGGGGUGUGCCCAGUCGAUCGCUGGUCGUAUCGGAAGGUCUGACGCUGACGACAUUGCAAUGCAACUAUGAGCAAGUUCACGCGCAACUCGAGCCCUUCGAUCCAUACACGGACGUCUUCUUUGCCUUUUCCCCAGGCUUUGGUUUCCCGAGCCAAGUGGCCGUCGACGAGAUGGCGCAAGCAAGGCUUGAGGAGGAGCAGGACGCCAAGCGGACAAAGGAGGCGCGCGAGACGUACUAUGCCGGCGCUGCCGGCAACCAGCAUCUUCGAUCGGUCGAGCCAGACGCAGCACCUGCCGGUGGCGAUGUACCCGCGCGCGAACCACCCCCCGCUGUACCGCGUUAUACGACCGAUCCGCUCACUUCGCUGACCACUGCUCCAAUCGUUCAAGCACAGCGUGAAUGGGCGCUGGCCAUCCAACAGAUCCUGAGCACCAAGUGUGCACUCAUCUCGACGGGAUUCUCGCCUGCUGAUGUGGAGCGGGACGUACUCGCUUUCGAGAGCGUGGAAGGUGUGAGGGGGGAAUUUGAGUGGCUGAUCACGCCAGGAGAGAAUGUAUUUGCUAGCCAGCAAUGGGCCGUGGCUGACUUUGACCCACGUGUCGCUGUGAAGGCCAAUUGGGGGCUUUGGGCUGUGCGAGGCAAGGCCUACCCCGUCAUGUAUCAGCCCAACCCACUCGAGCCAUAGCUGCAAUUAUGUGCAGGGUGCGAGACAAGCACAGCGGACAAAGAGCAACAGAACAUGAAUGUCUAGCCUCAUACAGGCCACGAAUUGCGUAAUGUUGAUAUUUACAUGCGUUGUCGAUGGC